GGGGGAGCGGGGCGGGACGGAAGGAGGGCGGCCCUCCACUGCAGCCCCUUAUCUCUCCUGGCAACCGGGGCUCGCUCACACCGGGCUGGCGCGGACCUGUCGCUGGAGGCCAUGAGCGCCCUGGGGAUGCUGCUCGUGCUGGCGACCUUGCUCCUGCCGUCUGUCCAGGCCCAGCAGGCCACAGAACGUCACCUGAAGCCAUGGCUGGUGGGCCUGACGGCGGUUGUGGUCUUCCUGUUCAUCGUCUUCGUGCUCUUACUGGCCAACCGCAUCUGGUGCUCCAAAGCCAGAGCCGAGGAUGAGGAGACCACCAUGAGAAUACAGCCCAACCCUUACGAGAGCAUGGGCCCAAGGAAAGACAGCAAGAAGGAGAAGAAACAGAAGAAAAAGGAGAAAGGAGGGGAGAGCAAUUUGGGAUUGGAGCUGGAAGAGAAAGAGCCCGAAGAGUAUGAAGAGAUCAAGACGAGUAUGUGAAGAUGCCCUGUCACUACUCCUGGCAGGGGCCCCCCCGGAGUGGCACUUUCCCACCCAGUGAGCAGCACCCCAAGCUUGAAGGCAGCGAUGCCAACUGGGAUCCGAUUAUGGAGACCUCAGGGCAGGGUUCUCCGGGACCCGGUCCCACUGGUGAUUCUUAUGCUUGGAGAGUAUCCCUGCCUGGAGAAGCUGCUGUUUCCCCACAGUUCAUGGCUCUGCGGGAUUUAUUUUCCCUCUGCCUGAUCUCUUUUGGCCAGAACGUGCCUGUCUCAUGCAGCCUUAGGGCCAUAUCGGCUAAAGGCUCGCUGUUGAGGCCCCCAAUAAAAAAAUCAGUCUGA